ACAUCUGCAUUCCAAAACUCUUUGUUCUAUCCCGCAAAGAUGUCAUUCCCUACCAAAGGCUCCCAAGCUUUGUACCUCUAUCCAUUGAAGUGGGAUUCGACCAAAGACAAAUUGCUCCUCUCGUGUCUUAUAGAUAAGAUCGAAGAAUGUCGCCCAUCCCCACCACAUCUUUCGACUCACGCGCUAAUUCAUGCGAUGUUGGCGCUAAACUCGCAACUACAAGCGGGUAUGUCGCUCAAUGAAGUCGAGGAGCGAGUUGAAUUCCUUCACGAACGCUACAUAUGCUUUAAGCAUCUGUGCAAGCUGAAAGAAACCCAGCUCGAUCAACAAACAAACGUGAUUCACGCCACCGAUGAAGUGUGGCAACGACUAUUUAAGGAAAAUGCCUUCUUCCGAGCCUAUUACCAUGAAGGCGAGCCCGAAUUUCUACAAAUGUGCAACCUCUUUGGCAUUCACGACGUGAAGCGAGAGCUUUCCCACACCGUCAUCGUCAUUGAAGACUCGUCGACCGUUAAGAAACGAUGUGACUCUAGUGACGACGAGGUAACAUCGCCUAUACCAAAACCACCGGUGUCUAGAAAGCUCUUCGUGGAUGAUGCAUGUUCUAGCGUCGCGCCUUCGGUUCCAAAUCUAUUGAAAGGCAAAGUGACGGUCCCAUGGAAGUCUCUGAAAAAUAAAUUUUGCCGGCCAAAUGCUAUUCCCGUGAAGAAGAAAGAUGGCCGUGAUCCCGAUGCCGGCUAUUGCGCGAGUUCGUGCGCCUCUUCUUCGCCAUUCAAAUAGAGCAUUUUCCGCUAACAUUCUUGAAGUUUGCUGUUUGUUUUUUUCCAAUGAGUUAGUUCCAUCGCUUGAAGGUUGUCUUUGUUUAAGUUGGUUUUUUAACAUUUUCAAAAUCUGUUGCAAUCACCAGAGCUUGUAGGCUCAUUGCUUUGUUCUAUUGAAGUUCAUUUUU